AUGGCCGAAUACUGGAAAUCAGCGCCUCGAUACUGGUGCAAGCAAUGCAAGAUAUUCAUCCGCGACACCCCCUUCGAGAAAACCCAACACGAAGCCACCGGCAAACACCAGGGUAACCUGAAGCGAUUCCUACGCGACAUCCACCGCGACAACGAGCAGAAGCAGCGGGACACCCAGAGAGCGAAGAGUGAAGUCGAGCGACUAAAAUCGGCCAUUUCGGGCUCGCCCGCCGACAGUGCCAGCAAUGCCGCGACUCCCUGGAAACGAGCCGCUGCCGCUGCGCCCGCGCCCGUCGAGAAACAGGUGUCCGUAGAGGAGCGGAAACGGCAGAUGGCGCAGCUAGCGGAGAUGGGGGUGGCGAUUCCGCAGGAGUAUCGCGGGGACAUGUCCCUGGCCGGAGAAUGGCAGACGGUGUCGGAGAAGGUUAUCGACGGCCCGUCGAAGCCGUCGCUGGGCGUGCGCAAGCGAAAACACGAGGAGCCGGACGAGGAAGAAGAGGAAGCUAAAAAGGAGGCGGAGAGGUUCGUGAGCAAGCCAUGGGGGUCGAGGACAAGGCAGUACCCUGGGGCUCAGGACGACACGGAUCUGGAUGCGCUGCUUGCUUCUACGAAGGAUAUAAAGAAGAACAAACCAUCGGCUCCGGAUGCGCCUGCCGAGGGGGAUGAUACAGAGGUCUCUAAGACACCGGAGAAAACCGAAGGCGAAGCGGCGAAUCCGGAGACGGAUCAGCCGUCGCAUACGAAGGAGGAACAACCACCGACCGCUUCUGUUCCUGAAGUGAAGACUGAGCCCGAAGAGGCAGCUGGAGGAGUGGUCUUCAAGAAGCGCAAGCCGAAAGUGAUGAAAAAAUAA